GCCGGUAGCUUCUGCUCUGCUCCCCUUUAUAAGCCGUCACCUGCUUUCAUCACUUCUCUAUUUUCUUUCACUUUACAAGCUUUCUUCAAACGAAUCCCACCUGGGUUUGCAUGCACUCUUCUUCUAGAAACUUCGUCCUCUUUUCAACAUUUAUUUCCUUCUAGAUUUCGUUUCUGCGUUUAAUGGGUUUUUGUUUUUAGCUUUUGAGAUUAUGGUAGCUUGUGAAUGGUGCAGUUUUGAGUAACGGCUGAGAUUUUGGAAAGGAAUCAAAAAAACAAAAGAAAAAGAAGGGAGGUUGAGUGAGUGUGAUACUAUUAAAUGGCUCCAGCUACCAACUGGCUCUCAUUUUCACUGUCUCCAAUGGACAUGUUGAGGUCAUCUUCUGAGUCUCAGUUUGUGUCCUAUGAGGGUUCUUCUGCACCUUCACCGCAUUACUUGAUCGAUAACUUCUAUGCUAAUGGAUGGCCGCAAGCAAAACCCCAAAUGUUCUUCAUGGAAGGUGAAGAGACCCAGAACAGGGAGACUCAUCAGUCACAUACCAUAGCUGAUUCUCCCAUCUUCAUCAACCCACAAACCCAAACCCAAUCAGUACCGAAGCUCGAAGACUUUCUCGGUGAUUCUUCAUCAAUCGUUCGGUAUUCCGAUAGCCAAACAGAAACCCAAGAUUCCUCCCUCACUCAAAUCUACGAUCAUGGGUCCACCUACUUCAACGAGCACCAAGAUCUCAAUGCGAUUACUGGGUUUCAAGCGUUUUCUGCCAACUCGGGGUCAGAAGUUGAUGACUCGUCGUCAAUGGGUAGGACUCAGUUAACGGGAACCGAGUUCACCGGCCACUCUAUUGAGUCAUCGGGGACUGAUUUGGGGUUCUCCAAUUGCCCCACCGGAGCUCUGUCUCUCCGGGUUAAUCAGAGCAGUGAUGACAGUAAGACUAAUAACAAGGACAACAAUACCAAGGCCAUUGUAUCCGUUGACUCCGAUUGUUCUAAGAAAAUUGCAGACACUUUUGGUCAAAGAACUUCAAUUUACAGAGGAGUUACAAGACACAGAUGGACGGGUAGAUAUGAAGCACAUCUGUGGGAUAACAGCUGUAGGAGAGAGGGUCAGGCCAGAAAAGGGCGUCAAGUGUAUUUGGGUGGAUAUGACAAGGAAGACAAGGCGGCAAGGGCUUAUGAUUUGGCAGCUCUAAAAUAUUGGGGUCCCACUGCAACCACCAACUUUCCUAUGUCAAAUUACACAAAGGAAUUGGAGGAGAUGAAACAUGUAACCAAGCAGGAGUUCAUCGCAUCCCUUAGGAGGAAGAGUAGUGGGUUUUCAAGGGGAGCCUCAAUAUACAGGGGUGUCACAAGGCAUCAUCAACAGGGUCGAUGGCAAGCAAGGAUAGGCCGUGUUGCUGGAAACAAAGACCUUUACCUAGGGACUUUUGCUACUGAAGAGGAGGCAGCUGAAGCCUAUGAUAUUGCAGCCAUAAAGUUUAGAGGCAUCAAUGCAGUGACCAACUUUGAGAUGAGCCGAUAUGAUGUCGAAGCCAUAGCCAAGAGUACUCUUCCCAUUGGCGGGGCAGCUAAGCGCCUCAAACUCUCUCUCGAAUCGGAACAAAAACCUAUUCUAAGCCAUGAGCAGCAGUCCCAGUGCAGCGCCAUCAGCAACAACAUAAGCUUUUCCCCACUCCAGCCAGUUUCUGCCAUCCCCUGUGGCGUCCCCUUUGAUGCUGCAGCAGCAAUCUACCAUCAGAACCUCCUGCACCACCUUCAAGCCACUAACAUGGGCAUUUCUGAUUCCCCAAGCACCAACCCAUCCUUGCAAACUUCAAUGCCUGUAAUGCCACAGCCAGCUGAGUUUUUCAUAUGGCCUCAUCAGUCUUACUAGAAUGACAACUUGCUCACUUUAACUUCUCUAAUAUGGCAAUUCAGCUUAUAGUAGCAAACUAGCAGCCACAGCACUGGCUUUGUUUCAGCGUGCUGACCCGCAUCUAACCCUCACAACUUGAUGAUCUUCCUCUAACCUCGGCAAAGAGUAGCAGGACAAGGCAGGAGGCUUUUUUGUUUCAGGGUAAAAGUUCUAGCUUAAAAUGUAGGAAGGGGGAAUCUGUAAAGGAUCUUAUCUUCAAUUUGGUAGAUGUAAAACAUUUCCAGUUUCUCUUAAUCUUAACAAGAAAAUUUUGCAAGCUCG